AUGUCUUACUUCAAUCUAACACCUGGACCGUAUCAUUCAGGAGCAGACAGUCCUAGCGGUUCGUCUGUUUUCGACCUGCCCACUCAGUCAGAGAGGUUUGUUGGACAAUCAGCACCGAGUCCGAACACUGCGGGUGCCACUGCCACUGAGGAGGUUUCCGAAAGAACAAACUUGAGCGAGAACUCUCCGACUUUCCUAGUCAUAUCAGGCGGGACUGGAUGUAACUCCAUCUGCUCUGCGUUCGGCAAUGCGUGUUAUGUACUGCCUGUGUCGGAUGACGGGGGUUCAUCGAGUGAGAUCAUACGUGUCCUAGGGGGGCCAUCUAUUGGCGACAUACGCUCACGAUUGGUAAGGCUGAUUCCCCCAGCCGCACCCUCGUCGCCAUUGGACUGUAUCCGCAAUCUCCUUGCGUAUCGACUACCUGCUACUCAUACUGAACCUGAGGCUCGCGAGGAAUGGCGGAGCAUUGUAGAAGGCCGAAGCACUCUCUGGGCUGGAAUUCCGAAUGACAGAAAGGAGAUGAUCAGACGAUUCCUUGUUCAUUUCGAAAGCGAAGUGCUCAAGCGCGCGCAUAAAAACUUCUCAUUUGUCAAUGGAAGCAUCGGCAACUACUUCCUCUCGGCAGCGCAAGCUUUCUUUCGAUCGCUGCCCUCAGCCAUUUUCCUUUUUUCUUCAAUCACCAAUAGUCAGGCCAAUAUCCUACCUGCGAUUGUGACAAAUCAUACAGUCACCAUCGCCGCUGAACUAGAGAAUGGAGAGAAGCUGAUCGGUCAGUGUGAGAUCUCUCAUCCCGCCAGGUCGGAACCAUAUAUCAACGUCACUGUAUCGGAUUCUGAGGCAACGUCACCUGUCGAUGAGCUAGGCGUCGUCAUUCCGCCUCAGCGUAACAUCUUGUUUCAAUCUGGGUCCAAAAGCAACUAUGCGCCGUUGAAUGCCAGAAUCUCAAGAUUAUAUUACAUCAAUGCAUACGGCAAUGAAAUUCACCCCUCGCCAAAUGCAGAAUAUAUCGCUAAUUUAUCGUUUAGCGAUGUGCUUGUAUACUCGUGUGGUUCAUUGUGGACUAGUGUCAUGCCGUGUCUCGCACUUCGAGGGGUUGCAAGUAGCAUCGCUCGUUCUCGUUCUCUUCGUGCCAAAGUUUUACUGCUGAAUUCACGAAACGACCGAGAAACCGAUGGUUACACUGCGGUGGAUUAUGUGAAAACCGUUGCCCAAACCCUGAAUACAUCACACCAUUCUCAAUCAUAUGGAGGGCUUGGGAGAGCGGAAACUACCUACCCAAUAUCCGCUUUUAUUACACAUCUCGUUUACUUGAGGGGUACAGCUAUUGCAGUGGAUAUCGCCGGAAUAACGAGGCUUGGUGUUCAGUGUAUAGAGGUGGAAAGCUAUGUCGAUGAGACUACUCAGAUGCCGCAAUUUGAUGCGGCCUCUGUCCGGCGAGCCAUUGUGGAUGACAUUCUUGCCGACAUACCGGACCACUAG